AUGUUCGAUAUUAAGGCUUGGGCUGAAUACAUCGUGGAGUGGGCUGCAAAGGACCCAUACGGCUUUCUUACUACAGUGAUCUUGGCCCUCACACCAUUGUUCAUAAUCAGUGCAGCGCUUUCAUGGAAGCUUGCAAAAAUGAUUG